AUGCCUAAUACAAAUAUUUUUGGUAACUCUAUGGACGGGGUUAAAGGUUUGAAAUGCAUUCAAGUUAAUUUAAAUAAUGCAUAUGGAGCUCUUGACCUCCUAACUCAAAAAAUGAAUAGGGAGGGAUUGGAGAUCGCUUUAAUUUCAGAACCGCCUAGGAAAAUAGGGAAUUUGAGGUGCUUUUGGAGCAUCGAUAAAAAAGCUGCUAUUAUUAUAAAAGGAAAGGACUUAGCCUGUAAGGGAUUGAUGGUAUGUAGGGAUUAUGUGAUUGUCGAGGUGAAGGGUUUUGUUUUGGUUUCGGUGUAUAUAUCUCCUAAUGUGAACUUAGCACAUUUUAUUGAAACAUGGGAUAGUCUUACAAGGAAUAUAAAGACCAUGAUGGAGAAAGGAAAGCGCAAUUUGAUUGUUACGGGAGAUUUCAAUGCACACAGUAACAUCUCUGGUGGAAACAGUCAGGAUAGACGGGGGGAAAUUAUCGGGGAAUGGGUUCUAGUGGAAAACUUCACAUGCUAUAAUAACAUGGGAGUUUCUACAUACGUUAGUUCCUUAGGGGAAUCUGUGGUAGAUAUUACCCUGGGCUCUGCAGAAACAACAAAGUAUAUUUGUAAUUGGGGAGUUUUAGACGAAGAAACGUUAAGCGACCAUAAAUAUAUAAGGUUCGACGUUUUACUUACCGGCAUUGAAGGUCCUCCUACGCUAAGUGGGGUGCCCCGCUGGAAUCUGAAAAGAAUAGAAAAAUAUAAGUUAAUUAUAAUUGAGGCGUGUAAAGACCCGAUGAGUUGGGGAGCAUCCACGGAAGUUAGCCCUGCGGAAAACAUUAAUAGAAUACUAAAUAAUAUAGCAGAGAGAUACUUAUCUUAUAAGUGUACAGCAAAUCGGAAGAAAAAUGCAUACUGGUGGGAGCCUGAGGUGGAAGCGCGUUGGAAAACCUGCAACAAAAAAGGAAGACUAUUAAAGAAAAUCAAAAAGAAAUAUGGACUCGACUGUAGUACUUACCUACUAGCUAGGAAUGAAUAUCUGCACCUGAAAAGAAAACUAAAAAA